ACGCGGUGAGUGAGCGUUCGAGCCUCGCGGCUGGCGGUGGCGGUGCGGGGCGGCGGAGCCCGAAGGGCGGGGCGAGCCGGGCCGGGCGGGGAGCCGCCAUGGCCGGGAGUCAAGACAUGUUCGACGCCAUCGUGAUGGCGGACGAGAGGUUUCACGGGGAAGGAUAUCAGGAAGGCUAUGAAGAAGGCAACAGUUUGGGUAUAAUCGAAGGAAGACAGUAUGGCACAUUACAUGGAGCCAAAAUUGGAUCGGAGAUUGGGUGCUAUCAAGGCUUUGCUUUCGCUUGGAGAUGUCUCCUUCACAGUUGUACCACUGAGAAAGACAGCAAAAAGAUGAAGGCCUUAGAAUCGUUGAUUGGAAUGAUUGAGAAGUUCCCUUACGAUGACCCUACUUAUGAUAAACUUCACGAGGACUUAGACAAAAUUAGAGGGAAAUUUAAACAGCUUUGUUCAUUACUAAAUGUUCAGCCGGACUUUAAAAUUAGUGUGGAAGGUUCUGGACUUUCAUUUUGAGGAUGACAGAUGAACAAAGACGAAACAUCAAGGAACAGAUGUCCAUGAGGAAACCGAGGCCCGCGGGGACUGCCCAGUCCAAGGGAUCAGCAGCAGAGCUCGGACUCCGAUCCUGCGCCUGCCUGUCACCGCCAUCUUGUGCUGCCUGCCCUGGAACCCGCGGUCACGGCCAUGGAGUGGGUCGCUGCUCUCAGGCCCAGGGUGCGCGGGUCCCCACUGUGCUCCGUGGAGCCACGGGGAGUCACUGUGGCCAGGUGACACGGCAUCUGGCUGAGAGGGGCUUCAGAGGGAGCCUGGACAUACUCUUUGCAUGUUUCCAGAUGGGGGUGGGGCUUUGCAGCAUUAAAAUGGUUAAGGCGGGAAAUACUUUAGGCUAAAGACUGAAUGUUGGGCUGCUGCUAUCUCUACAGAGUUUGGGAGCCUUGCAUUGAGGACACUGUGUAUCUCCUGUAACACGACUUCUCUUGUCUUCUGCCCGUACUUCGCAGGCAUCUGUAUCCACAGGGAGGUACUGGGGGCUGUAGGAGGUUCCGUCAGUGGUUCUUGAGCAUCUCUCUGCCCGUCCCCUUGCGCACCCUCCAGGGGGGCGCCCCCAGCAUCGCUGGCAGGUCCCGCCUGCUCCCGUCCGAGGCAGCGUGUCUGAAAGUCAUGCGUGAGAUGAAUAAAGGGGUAACCGGGAAUCUGUUCCAGUUUUUAACAUCAUCCUGGAUCGUCUUAGUGGUUGUUGCCAUGCUGCCCAAGCCGGUGGUCCUGAGAGCCCGCCGGGAGACUCAGGGCUGGGGGCCCCGCAGGAGCGGGUGUGGGUGUUUGCUUCCCUCUC